CUGCGAACACCCAGAGACUGACUUUGAAAAAGAAAGCGCGAAAGGCGGCAGCGCUUACCAGCUAGGAAACCAGGCGGUUCAGGGUACAUUUAGAAAACAUUUGAAAAGCUACCCUAACCACUGAAAAUGAAACGUGAUUUUAAUCAUAGCCAUGUUUACUAUGGGUCUUCGCCAUUAAAAUUAACUGGAACAGACACAAGAUCAGAAGAGCUUUGUCCUGAGAGUUACAAUGAAAAAUGUUGUAAAGGCUGUACCAAAGAGAAGCUAUUCUAUAGUGAUCUGCACAAUGGAAGUCCCAAGAGUUUCAGCCUCAAAAGUGAAGAAAAACCUGUGCAUAAUAAGGAAAACCAACAAGUAUCAUGGGGGCAUAUUGAGAGUAGCAAUGAAAUGGACAAUGAAAAUGAAGACAGUGGAUACUCCUCUCUGUUGGGCAUUCGACACAAACCCAGUGACAAUGAUGACAGCAUGCUGUUGGCAGGGAAUAUCAACAAUACACCAAAUCAUAGCUUCAGUCCAAGAAAGAAUUUGCUUCCAGUCCUCCAUUUUGAAGAACGUGUCUGCUCAACUUUGAAAAAAACUAGCAAAAGAAAUCCAAAGUCAUGGGCUCUUGUCUUAGAUAAGAUGGCUUCAAGGAAAAUGGAAUUUGUGAAUCUCAUUGGCAAAAAAAUGGGAUUAGAUAAGCUAGAUAUUCUUGGAGAAUUGUUUCAUGGGAAAUUCAGACAUCUAUUAGCAAACAUCUUAAUAUAUCUUAGCUACACUGACUUGAUAAACAUGGCUAAAGUUAGCAUUACAUGGAAGAAAAUUCUACUGAAUGACAAGUGGGCUUUCCAGAUGUAUAGCAAAGCACUAAAACUCAGUUUGCAGAAUAGCAACACAGGAGCUGCCAAACAGUCUGACACAAGGGAAUAUGCUCUCCACCGUGAACCAUUAACUUACAUUCAGAAAGUAGCAACUACACAAAUCAACUUUUCUAAAAAAGCAUCCCGAAUCAAAGCAAACAACCAGAGUAAUCAGAGCUCUUCCACUUUCAGCCGGCAUUCACAAUUUUCUGAGGUGGCCAAGACUUUGAAAAACACUGAAAGCCUGAAAGUUUGCUAUCGCUGUGGUUCCCCUGCAAAAUAUGAUUCCCAUCUGCAAAGGGCAACGUGUGUCCGAGAAAGCUGUGGUUUCGACUUUUGCACAAAGUGCUUGUGCAGCUACCAUAGUGCCAAGGAUUGCAUCAUUGGAAAGCCUGUGAAAACAUCUUUCAGACUAGGACCUCUUCCUGGUAGCAAAAAAAGCAAACAGAAUUUACGGAGACUAUAAUUUUCCUGACAUAAAUUUUAGCUAGAUAUAUAUAUAUAUAUUUUGCUUAUAGGUUCAGAAGAGGAGUGAAUGUGAAAGCUGUGGUUGUCUAAUUUAAAAAAAUGCAGUGAUUUUUUAAAAAUCCAUUUUUAAAGAAUGUUUUUCAGAUGUCUUCCUCUCCCCUUUUUAGAAGGAUAUUCAGCAGAAUUUUUAAACUAUUUCUAGGUUUACAGGGGAAUAGUACCUGUAACCCUGACUUGACAAAUAGACUGAUAGUGGAUUUUUAUUAAGUUGGGGGUAGUAAAAGUAACACUUGUUUUUAAGGGUUGUUAGUUUUUUGUCCUCUAACUUCAUGCCUUAUAAAAAGCUUUUUGGAGUUUUUACAGUACAAACUAUAAUAAGCAAAGGAUAUUUAAUGUAUUUGCAAUGCCUAAUUUUUAUCAAUUGACUUUCAUCUGAUCAAAACAUUAAAUAUGUAAAUAGGAUAGGUUUUUGUAACCACACUUGUCCUAAUAACUGCUGAAACAGUGUUGUCCUGACCCAUUUCAUCUUCAUUACUGGGUAAACAUGCCUAGAAAUGUAUAUACCUGUAAAUACUUAAAUAUUUGU